AGUCAGUGAGUUAUCGACCAUUGUACAAACAAGUUUCCUGCUCACAGUGGAUAAUCGAUAUUAUUUUGGAAAGUGACAAAAGUGUUUAUUAUAUCUUUAUAGUUGGAUUGAUAAAGAUUAUUAGGAACCUGCUUAGGCGUUGCAGUUUGGUAAUAGAAAGUCAUUGACAAAUAUAAAUUGAGCAUCUCGCACAAUAUACAAAUACGCACAAAUAACGCAGAAUCGGUGCCAAUCAGUCUUCAACAGAAGGAUUUGACUGACUUUGAAGACGGAUAAGUUCUUACAUCGCGAAAAUGGUCGACUUCUAUAUCUACGCCAAAGAUAAUUCGUUUUCAACUAUCGACAACAAGUAUUACCACAAUAACGGUGUGAACACUAUUGAACAAUUCAAGAAUGAUGUAGAAAAAAUUAAGCAAGAACUAUUGAAUGCUGAGAAACAAUCGACAGAAUCCAAAGUUAUUUACUUACACUGGGGUGACCGGUGCGACGAAAUUGACGAAGAUAUAACUAGAACAACAUAUCUCCAACUCAUAGGUGGUUAUGAAGGUACAUGUCCGAAAACGAUUAUUGACUGGCUAAAAGAAAACUAUGACAUCUGUAAUGAAAAUAACAAAAUCAGGUUGCUGUACAUCAUCACGGAUGGUUUGAUUGACGAUAAUAGUUCACGAGAGUGUAUCGGUUCUAACCAGAAUAUGCAUUACGAAACUGUCGUGCUCCAUGCGUUUAAUGAAGAUCGGGAGCAAAUCGACCUUUCCGUAGCAUCGUCUUUCUUUAAAAGCCGUUGUAUGGUUUAUUGUAAUAACGAACUUUAUGAUAGCACUGACAUUUCCGUUGAGUUUGACUACGACAAAAUAAAUAUAAAAACUUUGAUUCCGAAAAAGAUAAUUUAAAAUCGUACAUUAAAUUGAAGUUCCUCACUAAAUCCAAACGAGAUGCCAGUGCUUUGCACGAGAUCGACAAACUGAAGAAGCUACGAGCUCGAUUAUUUGAGGAGUUGACAUCGGAAUCGAACGUAAAACAUAACCAAGUUAACCUAGAAACAAAGGACAAAAGUUUAUUUCUACUUGAAUUUGUUCGUACCGAUUGGUAUAGGAGUCUCUUUAUUGACGUCCGUAAGAUGACGGUUGAAGUUGAGAAAUCUAUUGCAACGUUGAUCAAUUACAUCGUCAGCGAGACUAAAUCUUUCUCGUUUGACGCGUUGAAGUUUGACACGAAGUUUGACAAGUCCGUUGAAGAGGAACCGAUCAUUGACGUCAACUUCACAGCCGAACAGGAAAUAGCUUUCCCCGAUAUAAUUCUGGACGACGACAAAGGAAUCCCUGUUGUAAUUCUUUCAAAAUUAAAUUUGCUGGACAAAAUCAUUUUCCAUGAAAAUAAUUCUUCGGGUCAAGUCUUGCCUGCCAGUUUUAGUAAAUUUAAAUCAACGAUGGAGUGUCCAUUGUUUUUGAUGAACGAUAAAGACAUCAGUGAGUCUAUUGGCUACUUUUACACUUUGAAUGUUUACAAACAUUUUUUGGAAAACAAUAUUAACACUGAACCGCGAACACGAAGACCCUUUCAUGGCGGCCUUGUGCUGAUAGACACAGAUGAAUUCGAUAGAUACAACGACUACAUUCUGUCGGCGACGUACUUCGAUUCCAAAAAGAUUAACUUCAAUGUUGGGUUGUUCUACUACGUUCUGUGGAAGAACUGUGAUAACAAAGAAUGGAUGGAUAAAAAUGUUGUCGCACAGUUCCAAAAGUAUGCUAUGCGACGAAUAAGUCUAACAGUCUGCAAAAUUGGGCUGUCAUCUUUGCCAUUAGACCCUCAAAUUAACACAUCGCUGCUAACUGCGUUGUGGUACUGCGUUGAACUUGUCUUCUUGUAUUUUCAAAGAUGA